AUGUUGCAGACACAGUUCAGUUUCUUGGAUGAGAACAUCAGGAUGAUGACAGACGACCAGCAAGGGGCACUGUGCCCCACCAAGAGCAACAUAUUCUUGGGCUUCCAGUGGCUGCUGCAGGGUGCCCAGGCGGGGGACAAGCUGUUCUUGCAUUUCUCAGGGCAUGGCUCGCAGCAGAAGGACCAGGACGGAGAUGAGAAAGACGGCGCUGACGAAACUCUGCUGCCAACGGACUACCGCGAUGCUGGCCACAUACUCGACGACGAGGUGAACGAAAGGGUUGUGAAUCCCCUACCUGAGGGCGUUGUGCUGCACUCAGUCAUCGACGCCUGCCACAGCGGCACUGCCAUGGACCUGCGGUACUACACCAAGUGCAAAAGGGGGACCUUCGAAUGGAAGGACAACUACAAGUCACCCCACCUCGCCAGGACCAAGGGCACUGCCGGCGGCGUCGCCUUCCAGUUCGGAGCCUGCAAAGACUCGGAAGUCGCGCAGGACACGGCGGAGCUAGGGGGCACCAAUUCCGGCGCCGCAACGUACAGCUUCAUCCAGGCCAUAGAGUUUGGGGGCCGCAGCCAGAGUUACGGCCAGAUCUUGUGCCGCAUGCAGAGGUCCAUGGACAAGCUGAAGAAGCUGCGUGAGGACAGUGCAGCGGGGGGCGGUGCUGGGGGUCAAUUGGGGCGAUGGAUGGAGAAGGUCGCGGCGCAGAAGCAGACGCCACAGUUGAGCUGCUCCAGCAAAAUAGACCUGAGCCAGCCCCUCAUGCUGUGA